AUGCCAGACUGGACCCAUUUGAUUCGGUUUAUCGCGGAGGAGGAUAGCCUUGUGCACCUUGGUCAACUUGUCGAUGUGACCCGUGAUAUCGGCCGAGACAGCGUUGAUGGCGUCGAGAUCGCAGCCUAUGUGAUCGAGGGAACCAUUUUCGAUGGCAAGGUUACAAAGGAUGUUUUGCAUGUCAAGCAGUUGCUGUCUCCUGUUUCAAGGGAAGAGUGCAACUACAUUCGAUGCUUGGGACUGAAUUACAUAGAUCAUGCAAAUGAAGCGAACAUGGCUCUCCCCAAGGCCCCCAUUCUAUUCACCAAGCCUCGAACCGCCCUGAUCGGACCCUACCCCGCCGCUAUCAACGUUCCAAAGUGUGCGCAAGAUGAUACCAGUGACUACGAAGCUGAGCUUUGUCUGAUAAUUGGCAAGAGUGGUCGUGAUAUUCCGGAAGAGGAGGCCCUGGAUUAUGUGCUUGGAUACACUGCGUCGAAUGACGUCUCUGCCAGAGAUCUGCAAAUGCUCACUACGCAGUGGUCUUUCUCCAAAGGCCUUGACGGAAGUUGCCCAAUUGGACCCGUUCUGGUUGCACCAUCUGUAAUCAAGGACCCCCAGACAUUGGCCAUCAAGGCGAUUCACAACGGCGCUACCGUCCAGGACGGCCAUACCAGGGACAUGAUCUUUUCAAUCAAGAAGCAGAUCUCAUAUCUCUCUCAAGGUACUACUCUGGAGGCGGGGACCAUGUUCUUGACGGGAACGCCUGCCGGUAUUGGCUAUUUCCGUCAGCCAAGAGUGGUUCUGAGGGACGGCGAUGAGAUCUCGAUCCAAAUUGAUCAGAUCGGAACUCUUGUCAACAAAGUUCGCUAUGACACCCGUUGA